AUGUCUAAUAUAAAGAGCCACGUUGAUUUAGAACUGGGUAUACUAUAUGGUACACUUUUACAAAUUCGAAACAAGAGUGAUUGUCUUUCCCUUAAACCUGAUCUUGUACCAGUAUGGGUGGGAGAAGUGAAUCCUAGACAAGGUAAACUCUUGAUGUCGUUUAUAAAGACACAUUUCAGUUUGGAAGAUGUAACUACUCCUUGUCUUAACCAUCUAAAACGAAUAAGGAAAGUUGAUGAUCAUUUAGAGGUAAUAAUUUAUCCGUACGAAUCCGACGAGCAGUGUGCUAGUAUUAUGGAGUUAUCCCGGAAAUUCCCUGAAGAGUUUAGUAUUGACAACUUGGAGGUAAAAGAGGUUCCACAGAAUGCACCUCCAACUAAGGAACUUACUCAACAGUGGUCUAAUGGGUACUGGCCGAUUACAUGGAAAGGAAAUCCAAACCACCAAUUCUUGAACUCGGUCGAAAUUGAUAUUGAACAGGAGAAACAAAUGAUAAAUACGCUUUUGGACUCUUUGGCUGAUGCAGCCGUAUCACAGGACUCUACAUUUAACUUUCUGGGUACAUUAAUAGCUUCGAAAGAAGACGAUAGAAUUGAAAUACAUACUAUAUGUAUUGCUUCUGAUAUCAACAAUGAUCCGCAGGGGCACAGUGUCAUGGAGGCUAUUUCAAAAAUUGCUGAAAGGGAAGUCAUGAACAGAAAAAGUAACCAAAGUGAGCGAGGAUACCUUUGUAAUGAUAUGCUUGUCUAUACAACCCAUGAGCCCUGUGUAAUGUGUUGUAUGGCGCUAGUACACUCAAGAAUUGGACGAAUCAUAUACUUGAAACCAGAAAAGAGUUCUGGUGGGUUGGAAUCUCAUUAUCAGCUCGGUGAUCGAGAUGGACUAAAUUGGAAAUUCGAAAUAUGGAGGUGGUUGGGAGUUGAUGAAUUGGCACGAUUAGAUAGAAUAAACGAAAAUAGAUGUCCAUGUAUAGAUUAUUAA